AACGUAAAACUCAGCGGAAAGUAAUAAAAUAAGAGCGGACACGUUCCACGAAAAACCCGGAGGAGGAAGCCAAAGUGUCAACAAGGACACUUCAAAGGAGAGAGAACACCGGAGCGGAGAGGAGAGUCGGGAGCAGACUGUCCAGACCCCGAAGACAGUCAGUAGCGAAUUCCCCGCUGGCGAGCAAUUGAGCAAUUGUGCAAAAUGGAUGCGCUACGCUUCCGUGGUUCACCAUUCGCCCGCUUUACGGGCCAGUCGACCGGACCGGGCCAUCCCCGUCCGCCGCCACACCCACAGCAUCCGCAACGCCCACAGGCGACGGGAACACAUGGCAUCAGCGCCCCGGAGCCGCUGAUCGUGGUGGAGGAGUCCAAUCUGCCGGAGGAGCAGGAGGACAGCUCUGAGCCGACGGUCUCGAAUCGCGGCAGCCUGGACAUCGACUCGCCCGUGAAUCCGUAUCUGCUCUCGCCAUGGCGGGAUCCACGCGAGGCCAGAAAGCAUUCGCUGCCCUCGCAGCAGGUGACCGACGGCAUCACGGCCAGCCAGGUGCGCCGGCUCUCGGAGCGAGGCGGCGAGGGAUCGGGUCCCACACCGAAGGAGGCCGCCUUUCUGGCCACUCUGUCGCAGGCUCCGGCGCCGACCGGACGUCGCCACUCGGUGGUGACCAUCUCGAAGGUGCCCACCACACUCUUUGGGCGCUCGCGCCGCGAAUCCGUGGCCGCGUAUCCCAACAGCAAUGGGAGCAGUCGGGUGCUGAAUUCCCGCCGGGAGAGCAACACAGGACCCCCAUCGACAGACCCCAUCGGCAGCAUCCACAAUCUGCAGCUGGACAUCAUGGACGACAUCUACUUGCAGUCGCGCAAGGCCCGCUUGAAGCUCUGGACCUCCUCCAACGAGAAGGUGUGCGAGGUGCAGACCGUCGACGAGGCCGGCUCCGGCCAGCCGGGCCGACGAUUCACCAACCGUCGCUACUCGGAAUGCCCCCAGCCAGGAUUGGCCAGCUCCUUUCGCCGCGCCUCCGAGCUGCCGCCGUCGCAGCAGCAGCAGCAGCAGCAGGCUCAGUCGCAGAGCUCGACUCGGGCCUCAACGCGUCGCAAGAAGUCGGGCAGUGGAACUGGACUACUGGGCAGUCGUACGGACAUCGCCGGCAUAUUUAGCUCGUUGACCAGCUCGGCCAUGGAUAUGCACCGGCCGGAACCGGAAGGCCGGGAUGGCAGCUCAAGUGCUAGUUCUUCGGCAACGGCCACGGCCAGUAGCCCGUUUCUCAGCCAGACCUUUCAGGCGGCCGCUCGUGGGCGUGCCACCAGCGCCACGCCCACACCGACAACCCACAGCGGAUCACUGGCGGUGGGCGGAGGAGGUGGCGGAGGCGGUGGAGGAUCUGGAACCACUGGCGGCCUACUCGAUCCCAAUGCCGGCAGGUCGACGCGAUCCAACAGCUUCGAUGUGUCCCUGCUGAACAACGCCAAGCAGCUGGUGAGCGAUGUCCAGGACAAUGGAUCGGCCACGCUGUCCGGUUGGUUUGCCAAGCGGCACACGCCGUUGGCGCGCAAGAAGAGCGUGCGGAGCAAGAGUUCGGCGGUGGCGCUGUCCAAGGAUGUGCUGGAGCGGCUGCAGAAGAAGGAUCCGCUAGGCGGUGACUCUGGCAAGCCGAAAUUGAAGCCAAGGAGCAAACAGAAGACCUGGGCGGAGUCCACCAAGGCGACGGUGGAUGCCACCAUUCUGGGCACGGCCAUCGAGGGUUUCCUGCGAAAGAGCUCCAACGCCAGCAUGGGCGGAUCCGGAGCUGGGUCGUCCGGCGGCGGUGCCUCCACAUCGGCAGCGGCUCGCGGUGCCACGCCCAAGGCGGGCAAGGACUCGGGCAGCGCUAGCGGCAGUCCCGCCCACGGCGCCCGGCGCAGUCGACCCUCCGCCAGCAGCUCUGCUCAAUCGCAGGCCGGCCGGGCAGUCCGCUCCACGCUCAAUUGGUUCGGCAAGGCCGACGAGGACGACUCCAAGGACACGUGCGACGCCUCGCUCUGCGCCACGCUCAAGGACCUCUUCGUCAAAUAGGUCGGGGGGCGCAGAGGCAAGUAAAGCACUGGGCCGAGUCCCGGCUAGAGCAGCACACCGCCAGCUACUUGCACCUCUGAGAUCCGAAAAUCCUUAUCGAAAACCGAAAACGAAAUAAAUCGAACGAAGUUGAAGUUGAAGUAGAAGGCUUACACAAACGAGUGAACAAUAAGCGCAGCAGCAGUAAUCACCAUUGAAUCCAUCACAUAACACAGCAGCAGAGGCUUAAUGACAGAUUAAAAGCAUAGCAACGUCUGUCUUUCGGGCGAAAGGAGAUGCACAUAAUUCACCGAAAUCAAUAAUAUAAUCACAGCACUUACAUAACUAACAAACAAUAUAAUAAUAAUUGACAGCACAGGCUUCACACAAAACACGUCCAUUGAAUCAAACACUGAGAACAUUGCAUGCAAAGGGCGACAGUAAGAUUGAUCUGUCGGUACCGGGACAUGGUAACUGAAUGAGAUAUUAGAACUACAAAGGAAAUCGUAUACCUGGUAUUGAAACAAUACAACUGCAGGAGCUAUCGAUACCUGACGGUUAAUCAGGUUGCGUGUACAACAAACAGUACACGAGCACAAAAUGGAGGAUCAAAUGGAGAAAAUAGAACUUAUCAGCAAUACGCAAUGACAUACAUAUCCCUAUUCCAUAUUCAAAAUACCCCUAACCACAACGCAGAACCGCAAUCGAAGCACCGAUAACAGAUAGCACUGAAAUCCGAUUAACGGUGAACAAUAAGAGUACAAGAGAGCAACUUUUAACGGUACAAGUAACUUUACGCAUAACGGUAAUGGUAAGUGAGCAGAAGCGAAGACGAAACGAUAAGCGAUAUGCAGUGAUCGAUAGGCAGAUAGUUAAGCGAUAACCGAUAGAGUAUAAGGCAACGCUGCAGGGGAGUCAGGGAAAUGGAAUCAGAUAUCAGGAAUCGGUGGACACAACACCUCAUCCCAUUUUACCUACGCAACAAGGUCGACGGGAUAGACCUCUUAUAGCUAAAGAUACAGAUAAAAGAUAAAUACAUAUAUAUACACUCAUAGAUAUAUAUAUAUGUAUAUAUUCUCAUACAUUUGCAUACCAUUUGUAAUCGAAGUAAUCGAAGAGGGGGACGAGAAGAAGGAGUACAAAACUCGGGGAGUUCGGAGGGCAGAGAAUAUACACAUAUUUUUCUACGUGCAGAGCAAUUUAAGCGGGUCCCACUGAGGGAGUAAGUCCCGGGAUAAAGAAGUAAAGGAGAACUUGUUGAUGCAUUGCCAAUAUGGCAAUGGAACCAUGUAGCAUACAUGUCUACAUACAUACAUAUGUUGAGUGUUUUUUUUUUUUUUUUUU